GUGAGGCCACACGUUACAACGAUAUUCUCUGCUCCUUUUUUUUCCGCGGGGAAUAAUAUUCUAUUGAAAGUCCCGUUCACAAAGGACGAGCAAGAUGAAAGUGGGACUGUUGAAGAAUUUCUUGCAUUAUUUCAAUUUGAAACAGGGGACAGUUUUGAUAGCUGUCUUUCAAUUGUUCACAUCAGGAUUCAGUAUGAUAUUUUUCGUACUGGCAUUGGCCCACGCGAUGGGAAUUCGAGAGAUGGUGGUGAGAGAUACAGAAGAUGCUCUCGAGAGGGAAGCCCUGGAAGAUAUAUCGUCUAAUUACCUUAAUACAAAGAAAAUGGAUAUGGCGCAUCACAACGCAACCGAAACGGUUUACUCGAUGUAUUGCGGAUUAGUCAUCACACUGAUACAUUUUAAUUCUACGAUUUUGCUCCUAUACGGAGCAUUAACGAACAAUCGUCACUUCAUGGCGCCGUGGAUGAUGGUCAUGAUGACUGUAAUAUCAGCGUUGACGAUUUCCUUGUUCUUAGUAGAACAGGAUUGCCCCUUUAUCGCUACCCUGGGCGGCAAGUCGGACAUUUGUGAACGUAUAAUCGUUCUGUUUCUCGUAAUCAUAUGCUCCUACCUGUGGUUCGUGGUCUACAGUACUUAUAAGAGCCUUGAGACGAAGAUAGGACUAACACACAUUCUUCAUGGUGUGAAGAAAAAGCCCCUGCCGCCAGUCGUACAGAAAGCGAAAACCGUUCAGCCACGCGCGAACAAGCCGUUCGAGGUUUAAGGAUAUAAUAAAUACACUGCGAUGGGUGUAGACGUAGCCACG